AUGAGCGCAGCGUUCCCGCCGUCGCUGAUGAUGAUGCAGCGCCCGCUGGGGAGUAGUACCGCCUUCAGCAUAGACUCGCUGAUCGGCAGCCCGCCGCAGCCCAGCCCCGGCCAUUUCGUCUACACCGGCUAUCCCAUGUUUAUGCCCUACCGGCCGGUGGUGCUGCCGCCGCCGCCGCCGCCGCCACCCGCGCUGCCCCAGGCCGCGCUGCAGCCCGCGCUGCCGCCCGCGCACCCUCACCACCAGAUCCCCAGCCUGCCCACCGGUUUCUGCUCCAGCUUGGCGCAGGGCAUGGCGCUCACCUCCACGCUCAUGGCUACGCUGCCUGGAGGCUUCUCUGCAUCUCCCCAGCACCAGGAGGCGGCGGCCGCCCGCAAGUUCGCGCCGCAGCCGCUGCCGGGUGGCGGCAACUUCGACAAGGCGGAGGCGCUGCAAGCCGACACUGAGGACGGCAAAGGCUUCCUGGCCAAGGAGGGCUCGUUGCUUGCCUUCUCCGCGGCCGAGGCUGUGCAGGCGUCGCUGGUCGGGGCUGUCAGAGGGCAAGGGAAAGACGAGUCAAAGCUGGAAGACGACCCGAAGGGCAAGGAGGAGAGUUUCUCACUGGAGAGUGAUCUGGACUACAGCUCGGAUGACAAUCUGACUGGCCAGGCGGCUCACAAGGAAGAAGACCCCGGCCAUGCGCUGGAGGAGACCCCGCCGAGCGGCGGCGCGGCGGGCAGCACCACGUCCACGGGCAAGAACCGGCGGCGGCGGACUGCCUUCACCAGUGAGCAGCUGCUCGAGCUGGAGAAGGAGUUCCACUGCAAAAAGUACCUCUCGUUGACCGAGCGCUCGCAGAUCGCCCACGCCCUCAAACUCAGCGAGGUGCAAGUGAAAAUCUGGUUCCAGAACCGCCGGGCCAAGUGGAAACGCGUCAAGGCUGGCAAUGCCAAUUCCAAGACAGGGGAGCCCUCCAGGAACCCCAAGAUCGUCGUCCCCAUCCCCGUCCACGUCAGCAGGUUCGCCAUCAGAAGUCAGCAUCAGCAGCUGGAGCAGGCCCGGCCCUGA